AUGUCAAAAUUGCCAAGAUUACGGCCACACGCCGGCAUACUGUGGUUAUUCAGCACGCUGCGACUGAAAGAAAAGAAAACUAAUAGAAAAUUGUUGAUAGAAAAACAUAAUAUACGUUUGAAAAGAAUAGAGUACUUAAAACAAAUACUUGAGUUUCGUAGGCAAGGUAGAAAAAUAGUGUAUACUGACGAAAGUUAUGUAUUAUCAUCACAUGUUGUUAAUAAAUCAUGGAGUUCCGACAAUGAUGACAAUACAGUGAAACAAAGUUUAAGUAAAGGAAAGCGUUUAAUAAUUGUUCAUGCUGGAGGAGAAAAAGGUUUUGUUCCUAAUGCUUUACUAACAUGGGAAGAUCAAAGCUCUAGUGGUGAUUACCACGAUAAUAUGAAUAAAGAUAAUUAUUAUAAAUGGGUCACAGAAAAAUUACUACCAAAUUUAAGUAAAAAUUCUGUUGUGGUAUUGGAUAAUGCGACUUAUCAUUGUCAUCAAUCUAACCGUGCUCCAAACUCAAAUAGCUUAAAAAAAGACAUGAUAAAUUGGUUGACUGAAAAUAAUAUAAGUUUUAAUUCAACUAUGUUUAAACCAGAACUUUACGAUUUAACACGUAAACACAAACAAGUGUUUGUUAAAUAUUCUUUAGAUGGUAUAUUACCACCGUAUCAUCCGGAUUUAAAUCCCAUUGAAAUUAUUUGGUCACUAGUAAAACAGUACAUUUUCAAACAAAAUCAUAAUGGUAGCAUCAAAAAAAUCGCAGAAUUGUGUAAACAAAAAAUGGAAUCUAUGGGUGAUUCUGAGUGGUUUGUGCAAACGUGA